GUAUUGUUUAAUUAUGUGACGGAAAUAAUAAUAAUUAAAUAUUAACAGUGCAGAGAACAAUGGCAGAAAAUGCAUAAAACAAAAGACAGAGUCCUAGCUUUCGUGCUGUUGCGCUCGUGAUGGAUACAAGUCUCGCAGACCGACUGGACAACGUGCUUGCAUGUAUGGAAGAAAAUUUUCUCACUCCAGCAGACUUCAUCAACCACAUUCUCGGAAGCACAGAACACGAGAGCGCAAGAAACUCGCUAACAACGAAGGCAGUUAGAAUAUGUGCUGCCCUGUACAGAGAAGAACAUGCGCACUCACAUGUAACACAGUGGGCAAUAACAAUCGUGCGGGACAUGCUGCGCACUGAGGUGACAGAUUUGUCACUCGAAAAGCACGGACUUCGUUUCAAAGCCACGUCUGCAACUGUCGAACAACUGGAGAGUGCAUUCAUGCAUCAGCUCGCAGAAAAAAUGCAGGAGGUGGCACCUAACCUGUGGCAUCUAUUCUUCGCGCUGCUCGACAGCACACUUCAGCAGCGGCGAGCUAUGGGUGGGAAUGUGAAGGUGGGCAAUGAGGACAUGGAUAUUUAUGUUGAAGAGAGGGACCUUGGAGAAUUUGGAGGUGACGACAUU